GCACCCGGGUGGGCACAGGGUGGGCGCCGGGCGGGCAGCAGGCAGUGAGGCGGGCUGGGCCGGCCUGCAGGGGGAGAGCGCUGGGAGGGCUGGGCACAAAGCAGGUCAGUGCCAGGCCGGGCUGCUCUCUCCCGGCCGUCCUCCCUCCCUCCCGCCCUCCCUCUGGGCCCCCCGGGGCCAAGGGGAGGCCAGCGAGCUCACAUGGGGCCCAGGCAGGAGGGCGCAGAGCUGUGGCCGCGGGCAGGCCCGGCGAGGCGGGGCCCAGGGCUGUCAAGGAGAAAAACAUCCCAAGGCCUGCAAAUUGCUGCUCUCAGCUUUUUUUUUUUUUUUUUUUUAACUCCUCCUGCUUGGGAGGAAAAAAAAAAAGCAGCGCUUCCUCUGGAGGCGGAUGCAAAAAGGAUGCAGAAUUUUAACCAUCUCCUGCACCGGGCUUCCCCAGCGGCCGGCCCGGGCCUGGCCUGGCGGCACACGGGAGGCACUGGCCUGAGGCCUCUCUCUGGGACCUGCUGCAAAACCAGGCCCACCCACUGCCCCGUCCAGAGGCAGGGCCGCUGCAGGGGCGUGAGGACCGGGGCCGGGUGCCCAGGCCUGCACAGAGCUGCCACGCGGUGGGCCCCCAGGCGUUGUCACGGUCACCUCUGGCGUCACCUUCAGGCGUGCUGGACCGUGUGGUCUUUUGGUGUUGACCGCGGUGCCUGGGCAUCUGGUUGGGGACCCCAGCGCUGUGCUUGGGGGGUCCUGGUGCCCGCUGACUUGGAGCCCCAGCCACGCUGGGAUCCUGGGCCUUUCUCGUGGCCGGUUUUGGUGUUUCAAAAAUCAUGUGGAAAGUGUUUUGGUGGCCGGUGGAGGCUCCACACACUGUGCAUUCAGGGCAGAGCUUACGGGAUAAGUUCCUGGGAGAGGGAGGCCAUUAGGUCACCAGAGAAAAGAUGGAUGAGCCCCAAGUACAGAAGUGGGGGCGGGCCUCCCUGGGUUAGGGUGCAGAGCAGCGGGCGUGCGGGCACUGGCAGGUCGGUCCAGGGAGGCUCAGUGCCCCGGGCUCACAAAUGUUUUCAUUUUAAUGUCUCUUCAAGUCAGAAGAAAAAACUGACUGUAAUCAUAAUGAACACAUAAUGGUGAAUUCUGCCCGGAUUACACCCAUCUGUCCACCGGUGCAGCCGUAGAUGUUGUUAGUAUAGUGGAGGCAGGGCCCGGAAUGGGCACCACCUCCAGGAAUGGGGGAAAAACCCCUGGAAUGCAGGAAACACACUUGCUCCCCCGGGGAAAUUGUCUGCCCUGCAGGAAGGUGCCUGGACUGGAGGUCUAGAAGCUGCCGCCGGGACGAAGACGCCAAGCCUUCGGUUAGGUCCUGGGCUUGUAAGCGAGACCCCCAGAUUUCAAACGAGAAGGAAAGGGUCUGCCCCGGCCCCACAUCGGGGCUGCGGCAGGAAUAUCGCAGCGGCAGGCGGCCGACGUUUGCACAGCAGAGCUGCCCGGUUUAGUUUUCUGUCUGAAAGUGUUUCUCUAAAGAGGGGAAAGCGCUAGAGACACGCAAACUCCUGUAAUCAUCUUUAUAACUUUCCUGGCAACACAGGAUUGUAAUUAUUUAUGUAAACUCAUUAGCAGCAAUUCACUUUAUUCGCAGAAUGGAUUAUAUCUAUUUGACGUCUAAGAAAUACAGUUGUAUCAGCAAUACGAUCGUUUUCUAAUUAUAAAAGCAAUGUGGGCUCCUUGUAGGAAAUUUGGACAAGGCAGAAAAAGGCAUGGAAGGGGGAACUGUUCCUCCUCCUCCCAGGAAAGUUCUGGUCACGUUUGCGCGAAUCGCCUCCCCUCUGCCCUGGAUUCCCUCGGCCUCUGGUUUCGGAUGCCUCCACGGUGCGCUGCGCUGGGCCCCCUACCCUCCUGGUGCUUCCGUUCUUUCCUGCCAGCUGCUCCUCUCCGGCCCUCAACUGCCUUCCUCGGUCCGGGGGUGGGUGGGGUGGGGGGACCAGGCACACUGCAGCAUGGCCCUGAGGCAGGACCCAGCCCGCGGGCUGAUCAGGGCGUGGACGGGAAGGCGCGCUGCACAUGGCAGACUCCAAGCAUGGAGAUGGAGGGUACGGCGAGGCCUUCUCCACGCAGGACAGAGCGGAAGGGGGUGGGGGGGGGACGACAGAGUGACAGUCGGGCCUGAGGUUUUAAGUCUCAGCAAACAAAGAGGCUUGGGCCAAAUCCCAAGUACCACUUCUCAGGCGAGCAAAGUCUCACCCGCGCUGCACCGCGGAGAUAAUGUUUCCCAGGUGCUGGGCCUGGGCCUGACCUCCACCCACCCAGCGCCCCCGGGGUUGGUGCCAAGCGGCUCGGAGGCAGGGAGGCAGAGCCGGGCCAGCACUGAUUCCCAAAUGCGCGCUGCAAUCAGGCCUGUGCCUCGGCUGGUCCCACAAAUCUGUCAGGCGAAAGUUCCCGGCCUCUGGGGGGGGUUGGGAGGGAAGCAAGCUGAUUUCCAUACGGCUUCCUGGACUAAGUGCGAUCCGAAGGGAAUUCUAGAAUUUCCAAGUUCAUUCUUGGUCGGAUUAGUGGAGCCUACAGGGAUCUGCCUUAUCCCCCUUAGAAUAACGCAAUGGCUCCAGCAUCCUAGCAACAGAUAGCACUGCAGACAAAGUUUACAGGCAAAACCGUGGUUGUCAUGUUAGUUAUAGCGGGAAAAAUACUUCCGCGAAAUGAAAGCUGGAAGAACAGGGAAAGCCCGGCUAAAUUUCAUGUAACAAAAGAAUGAAAUAUUGUGCCACUGUUAAAAUGCUAUUGACAAAGCAUUUGUAACAACAUGGGGACACAAAACUUUGCAAACUGUAAAUGCAGGUGUGAAUUAUGUAAUUGAAUGCCCAGGUCAACUGUGGGGAAGGAAUUACAAUAGAAUAUUAUUUCUGGAUAAUGGCACGUAGGUGAAUUUUUCUUUUUCCGUGUAUUUUAUACUUGAAUUAUUUAUAUUUUACACUUACUACUUAAACGGUCUCUAUCUUAAAUAGCUAUCUUUAUAUUUUACUCCAAAUUACUUAUACUUUAGACUUAGCUAUGCCUUCUCUAAACACAUGGUGUUUUUAUAAGCGGGGGGAAAUCUCUUUAAAGGCUUGUGAGUGGAAACAUAGACAAAUGGCAUAUUUUCCUUCAGAAGUUGCGGGUAGAUGGCACUGAGCAGAAAUAUUCAUUAGGCCCACAAAUAGGUAGAGUAAGUAAAUAUCAUACGUUCCCUUAAAAAAGAUUUGCAUAUAGGUGGCUUAUUCAUCAAACAGGACAUGGAUUCCCUAACCAAACAUACGUGUUUGCACAACCACAGCGUAAAAAUUCUCAAGACGUUUUGUGAACUUAAGGAGAAAUAUAUUUGUCCCCCAAACAAUAGCAUUGAGAAAGGAAAAAAAAAGAAAGAAAGAAAGAAAGAAAACGGCACUCCGCUUCUUGGCUCCGUGGUUAGACUUUGCUUGAAUGCGAGUUUGUACUCUCCGUGUGACUGCUUGUUUUUUAGGGGCCAUUUAAAAGUUCCUGUCGGAGAAGUAGAUAGAACGUGAAUUCAUGAAGCCAGAUGAAAAACUGUAGUCUUUAGGCGGAAAUUGUAGUGGUUUAUUUAUAUAUUCAUCAUUUGUUUUCGAAAGAAAGAAAGAAAGAAAGAAAGAAAG